AUGGAUGCUACUCAAUUUUCACAAAUGCUAGAAGCAUUCAACAAAGCGCAACAAAAUUUAUUGCGUCUAAUAAGCACAAAUACGAACAAUCAGCAACAACAACAAGGCAGUCAGCCAUUCCAAAUGCUCUUACCGCCUUUUGAACACUUCGAUGCUACAAAAGAAAAUUUUAGGUUAUACCGGCAAAGGUUCGAGAAUUACUUAACAAUGAAAGGUGUUUUUACAAACAAAGUACUAUGCCAUCAAAUGUUAAUUAAUUCAAUUGGCUCUGUACAUUUCAAAUUGAUUGUGUCGCUAAUUGCCCCGAAGUCACUUAAUGAAGUCGAAUACAAAGACAUAAUUGAAAAAUUAGAAGCACAUCUUUGCCCGAAAAGGAACAUUCUAGUAAGUCAACAUAGGUUCUUGUCAACUUAUCAAAAUGAAGGCCAAACAAUUGCGGAAUACGUAGCGUUAUUGAAGCGCGAUAUUAAUGAAUGCAAUUUUCUGUCGUCGUGCAAUUGUAAGGCCGAUAUUUCAAACAUUUUUCUACGAGCACAGUUUAUUCGAGGUAUAUUUGACAAUACAAUACGGGAGCAAAUACUUCAAUCAGAAGAAACUGACUUUGAUAAAAUUGUACAAAAGUCUUUAUCGCUAGAAGCAUCAAAAAUAGAUAGCCGGGAAAUUAACGCGAAGCAUAGCACUAGUGACGUAAAUAAAAUUGUAAGCAGAAAGCAGAAUCGUGGAAGAAGCCAUUCUUCCAGCCGCCAUUCAAAACCGCAGGCACGAGCAAAAUCAAAGGUAAAUUACAAAGAGCUUGGUAUAGAUAAUUUAUGUAUACGGUGUGGACGAGACAACCACAAAACGAAGCAGUGCCGUACCAACGCAAAAAACCUAAAAUGUAACUCCUGUGGUAAAAGAGGCCAUGUACAGCAAGUAUGCAUCACUACAUUAAUGAAGUCUACAAAGAACGCAAAUGUCAAAUCAGAGGAUACCGAGGAAUCAAUUCAUCAAAUAUAUGGCAUUAAUCGCAUUAUAGAUAUUUUUUCGAAUCAACAUAGUUACAGUGAUGUUGAUAAGUAUUAUGUCACUGUUGAAUUAAAUGGGCGAAAACAACAAUUCGAGGUCGAUUCAGGCGUCGGGUUUACCCUUAUACCAAGGAACCAAUUCAAUCAACUCCAGAUAAACGAGCAACUACAACCUUCAAGUGUUGCUUUCCGUUCAUAUACGAAGAAUAUCAUUGUUCCCGAUGGCAAAGUCAAGGUAAGGGUAAAAUUCAAUAAUAGUAUAUCCGACGAAGAAAUGUAUGUUGUCCCUGAUGAAUAUGAUGCACUGUUAGGCCGAGUUUGGAUUCGACACCUAAACAUCAAUCUUCAGCAAGUCGAUAAGCAUCGCGUACACAACAUAAAUAAAGUCAAUGCACAAAAUCAUAAUUCAAUAUCUGAUAUUAUUAAUGAGUUUCCCGAAGUUUUUGAAGAAAGAGUAGGAUGUGUCCCUGAAAUUGAAAUCACAUUGCAGCUGCGAAAAGGUUCUAAGCCAGUUUUUUAUAAGGAGCGUGAAGUUCCGUACGCAUUGAGAGACUCCGUCGAAAAAGAAUUAGAAGAAUUAGAAGCUUCCGGCAUUAUUUCAAAAUGUGAAAGGAGCGACUGGGGUUCUCCACUAGUAAUUGUCCCGAAGCCAGAUGGAAAAGUUAGACUAUGCGUCGACUAUAAACCAGGGGUUAAUCCACAACUAGUAGCAGCUAAUUACCCAAUACGCAGAAUCGAUGAAAUUUUGAAUAGCCUAAAAGGGUCAAAAUAUUUUUGUCGUCUCGAUCUCUAUAAGGCAUAUUUACACAUAAGGGUAAAUCCAGAAUCCAGUGAAAUUCAAACAAUCUCGACCCAUAAGGGAACAUAUAGGAUGAAUAGACUCUCAUUCGGCAUAAAAACAGCACCGUCAGAAUUCAAUCGUAUAAUAGAGCAACUUUUAUCGGGUUUAAACAAAACCAUGUCCUACUUCGAUGAUAUUUUGGUACACGGGUCUACAGAAGCUGAAUGUAAACAAAAUCUAGUCGAAUGUCUUAAACGCUUAAAGAAAUAUGACUUACACUUGAAUAAAAGCAAAUGCUCGUUUCUGAAAACUCGCGUAGAAUACCUAGGGCAUGUCGUACAAUUUAACCAAAUUUCAAAGUCACCGUCUAAAGUCGAAACAAUUGUAAACAUGGCUCGUCCAAAAACAGUCGAUGAUGUCAGAAGAUUUCUAGGCAUGGUAACAUAUUAUUCGAGAUUUAUUCCAAACCUAUCGUCCAUAACUUACCCACUACGUCAACUACUCCAGAAAGGAAAACAGUUUCAGUGGUCUUCCAAUUGCGAAGCCGCUUUCAUCAAACUCAAAAGCAUAAUUAGUAGCGAUCAGGUACUCAGACCUUUUAAUCCGGAACUUCCAGUAGUCAUUGCUUGCGAUGCUAGCCCAACAGGUAUAGCAGGGGUGCUCUCCCAUACAAUAAACGGCAUUGAACAUCCCGUUGCCUUCGCUUCCAGAUCACUGACUGCAGCAGAAAGGAACUAUAGCCAACUAGAUCGCGAGGCAUUAGCAAUAAUAUUCAGUAUAAAUCAUUUUUUUAUGUAUGUCUAUGGAAGAAAAUUCCAGCUUGUCACCGAUAAUCGCCAGAAGCUCAUAGCACCAGGGCACCCGAGUACGAAUGGUCUUGCCGAGCGAAAUGUUCAAACACUUAAAAGGAAGUUAAAAGCUAUGUCAACAGAACCAGGACCACUACGCCAAAAAGUCAAUGACAUUUUACAAAUAUACCGAGCAACUCCUCUUAGUAAUGGUAUGAGCCCAGCAGAACUUUACCUAAAAAGACGUAUACGGAUUCGAUUAGACGCGCUAAAACCAAUAACACAUAAUAAAGUAACGGAUUCUAUACCAGGUGUGCGCCAUAUUAGCGAGGGAGAGAGAGUACAAGCGUUAUAUACACAAAACAGCAAAACAAUUUGGAAAACAGGUACUGUACAACGAAAGCUAGGUCAACUUCACUACAUUAUUAAACUAGAUGAUGGCUACACCUUAAAACGCCAUAUAGAUCAACUAAAGGUCACAAAAGUUCAACAGCGGAAAGUCCGGUUCGCUCAAGAUGUUCCUGACAUAGGUAAUACCCGGGGAAGUACUUCAAAUACGAUUUCCGACCCAGCAGACCAACAAAAUCAUAGGAAUAGCCAGUACAAUUUUCAACAAGUCGAAACUGGAUCUCAAUCUAAUUCCGAAUCGAACGAUACAGAAUCUGAAAGACAUACAGGAACAUUACCUCGAACUCCAGAGCAGCCAACCCAAUCGUCAACUGCUCAAACUCCGGAACAGUCGAGUCAAAGACCUGCACGAAUACGCAAUAAACCUGCACAUCUCCGCGAUUAUGACUUAACAUAA